AUGCCUGUAUUUGGUUUCCAUGAUCCUGAAUCUUUCGUUCAGUUGGUCCAAAAAUCUCGAGUGAUAAUCAUGCUUGUUAAGGAAGGGGCUCCCGUUGAUCAAACCAUUAAGACUCUCUCUAAGUACAUGGAGAAAGGUGAUUGUAUCAUAGAUGGUGGCAACAAAUGGCAUGGAAACACUGAGAGGCGGGAGAAAGCUAUGGCUAAACUGGGUUUGUUAUACCUUGGAAUGGGAGUUUCAGGUGGCGAAGAAGAUGAACGAAAUGCUCAAGUUCCAGAUAAUGGCCCUUGUGUGACUUACAUUGGUGAAGGAGGAUCAGGUAAUUUUGUUAAGAUGAACAAAAGGGAGCUUUUGAGCUUCUUGAUUGAAAUCACCGCUGAUAUAUUUGGAAUUAAGGAUGAUGAGGGAGAUGGUGAUUUAGUUGAUAAUGUCUUGGACAAAACUGGCAUGAAGGGUACCGCUCCCACAAUUACAGCUUCUUUGGAUUCAAGUUUCCUUAGUGGAUUAAAGGAGGAAAGAGUUGAAGCUGCUAAAGUCUUCAAAUCAAGAGGAUUUGGUGAAGUCUUGACUGAGGAAAGUGUGGACUGUUAUUGA